UUUUUAUAUGGCGAGGGGAAACUGAAGCUCUGAGGAGGAACACAAUUUGUCCAGAUUUAUAUUGGUGUAAAUGAACGGCAGCCAAGCCUGGGGUUCACCCCAAUUGCCUAUCCAGUGCUUGCUUUCCCCACUCCACCCGUAUUUCCCUCCUGUUUCCUCCAGGAGAGGUAGCGCGUACAGGGAGAACCGAAUCCGCGAAUCACGUAAGGGUGACGCGAGUGGGGGGCCGCGGCGCGCCGUCUCAGCAGGGGCAAGUCACUCACUCACAGUGGGAGGGGCCGGGCUGCAGUGGAGGGAGUUUCCCUACGCAGCUGAAAUUACAGCUCUGGACCAAACACUCAUCAACGGAGAGACAGGGCGCCAAUAAGUGGAGUUGUAAAGUUUUUGAAGCCUUUUAGAAUGAAUUGUACCGGCGCCCGAGGUAACCAGUCACUCAAGCCAGAGACAGCUCCAGCCCCACCUACUGGGCCUUCGCCGCGCAAGCCCUACCCAGCAUCCUUCGGUCCCUCCACGAGAAGCGUCGCGGGUGGUGGAGCGCACGCGCAUUCUGCCGCACGUCUAUUAUGCCGGGUUUGAAUCGGCACCUACCACUUCAUGCGGAAGGGGAACCCCUUUUCUAGAGGGACAAACAGUCCGUCUCUUUUUGUCCACUUCUUGGGGCAAGAACUACAUAGAGGACGUAGUAGACUACUUUAAACGCGACGUGUAAGUCCCCAGGUCUCAGUUCCUUUAGUAUUUCCGAAGUUUCUCCUUCCUUGGUGAACUUGGGUACGCGUGUUCCCCUCUUCUGUUCACAUUGGUACGUUCUGGGCAAAGCCACGUGAUGGGAAAGAUGGUUGCUCCCAGAGCGUACUAGGAGUUGCGGGUGUUGCUGCCGCCGGGUGAGCUGCCAGGUGAGGAUUGAGGAUCCAAGCCCACAAGUCACCUUAGCCAGCCUGGCAGAAGCCUUUGGAUUGCAAGCACCAUGGUAACAGAGAAGGAGGUAGAGGCCAUUGGGCAGACCCUCGUGGAUCCUAAGCAGCCCCUGCAGGCCCGUUUCCGGGCCCUGUUCACCCUUCGGGGGCUGGGUGGGCCUGGGGCCAUUUCAUGGAUCAGCCAGGCCUUCGGGGAUGAGUCAGCCCUGCUGAAGCAUGAGUUGGCCUACUGCCUGGGCCAAAUGCAGGAUGUCAGAGCCAUCCCUGUCUUAGUAGAGGUUCUGAAGGACACAAGCCAGGAGCCCAUGGUCCGGCAUGAAGCAGGAGAGGCUCUGGGAGCCAUUGGCAACCCAGAAGUAUUGGAACUCCUGAAGAAAUACUCCAAGGAUCCUGUCAUUGAGGUGGCAGAGACCUGCCAGUUGGCAGUGCAACGGCUAGAGUGGCUCCAGCAGAAUGGAGGGGAGCCCACGGGAAGCCCCUAUUUGUCUGUGGACCCAGCCCCGCCAGCCGAGGAGAAGGAUGUGGGGCGUCUUCGGGCCAUGCUGCUGGAUGAAUCGCGUCCCCUUUUCGAUCGCUAUCGGGCUAUGUUUGCUCUACGAAAUGCUGGGGGCAAGGAGGCCGCACUGGCUCUUGCAGACGGUCUGGGCUGCGGCAGUGCUCUAUUCCGCCAUGAGGUGGGCUACGUCCUGGGCCAGCUGCAGCACGAGGCCUGCAUCCCCCAGCUUACAGCCGCGCUGGCCAGCCUAGCCGAGAACCCCAUGGUACGGCACGAGUGUGCCGAAGCCCUGGGCUCCAUUGCCCACCCUGACUGCCUGGCAGCACUGAGGGCCCAUGCGGCUGACGCGGAGCGCGUGGUGCGGGAGAGCUGCGAGGUGGCCCUGGACAUGUACGCCUAUGAGAACGGGCCCGAGUUUCAGUACGCCAACGGCCUGAGCCAGCUGUGCCAGCCCUCGCCUGUGCUGGACGGGCUCUCCUGACUCUGUAAAGCUCCUGCUGCUGUGGCAGCUGCCCCCAUUCCUGCCUGGGCCUCAUCUUUCUGCUCCUGAACCUCCUUGAUCCUCUCACAGUCCUGGGGGUGGGAAGUGACCUGGGUGGGAGGUUAUAGGAACAACUGGGAUCUUCUGGGAAGGGGGAUGCAGAACCUACUAGGAGCAAGGCCAGUUCUGUGGAUCAUCUCUCUUUUGUGGGCAGGAGACCAGAUCUGCCUCAGAAGGGAUUCAUCUCUAGUAGGUUAGGGCUUUGGGGAGCAGUUUGGGAUCUUUUUUGGGGCAGAAGAGAACCAUUGGAAUGGGAUCACUGUCUUACCAGAAGGUGUUGGAAUCUAUAUUGAAUUAGGAGCAGAUUGGGAUCUUUAGGGUUCUCUGUGGGGAGAAUCUAAUGGUAAUGUGGGAUUUAAAUUUACUGGGAAAUUGGAAUUGUUUAUCAAUAAAACUAGGCUUAUUGGGGUCCCUUUGGAGAAGAUCUGGAAAAGAAUUUAGAUUGGUUGGGGGAAAAGGUGCGUAGCUUCUUUAUAGUUGGGAUUUUCUGGAGGAAGCUCUUUCUGAGUUUCAGCUCUCCAUCUGACCAUAUAUCCCAGAUCAUCUGGGCAACUUGGAGAGGGAAACCCACCCAUAUAUAUUCUCUUUCCUAUCAUCUACUACCUAUCUGGAAGGGAAAAGCAUGGAUAGUACCUGCCCAGUUAGAUGAUUGGGAUGGGAGUAGGGACCCUUAACUUUUGAGGGAAAUGAAAGGGGGAUGGAUCACAAAGUGGGCAGAGUUCUUAAGUGGAUUCUUCCCAGGGAGAUGGGAGCUGGGCUAGACCUGGGGGAAAGCAAGAAGUCAGGCCCAUUUGAACUGAGUAUUAAAUUAUUUGUCUGAGAAAA